UGUAUGAGUGUGAGCAUAUAAAGUAUUCCGAUCCGAGAACCGAGCGAGCGAAGAAGAAGAAGAAGGGAAGUUUUCCGAAAGUUUGACGCAGAGCGAUAAUUACUGAGGAACGAGGCAGGAGACUCAGCGCUGAUCCAGACCAGAACCAACACAGUGAAAAAUGCCAGGUGAGCGGCCAUCAGUCAGAGGAACGUCAGAGGUGGGGCGUUUUCCCGGGGCGGCCCCGCCCACCAGGGUGGAGCUGACCAUUCAUAAAGCGGGCGAGAGGAAACAGGACGAGGGAGGCUGUCGCCGCUGGUUCAGGAAGAUGUGUCCGUGCUGCUGUAAGCGCCAGAACAGCCACUCCUAUGAUAUCACGGAUAAGGUGGAAUUGGUCAAACCUCCGACUCCAGCCCCAGAGCCUGUGAAGCCGAAGCCUGAGAAUGGAGAGGCGAAGGAAAUGGAAGAAAUACAGCUGUCGGUGCGUUCUGUGGACCUGCUCAGCUCAAAGACGGGUCAGAACAGACGGGAGCAUCACACCGACUUGUAUCACGGGGAGGAGCUGAUCAUCCGCAGGGGACAGACUUUCCAGAUAGAGAUGGAGCUCAGCAGGCCUUUCAAUGCUGACACCGACAAGCUGCACCUGGACCUCAAAACAGGCCCCCUACCCAUGGUGUCCAAAGGCACCCAUGUCAUCAUUCCAAUGGUGGAUCAACUGGAGGAUGAAUGCUGGGAGGCCAAGAUCGUCGAGCAGGACGGCACCACGGUCAAGCUGUCCGUCAACUCGCCAGCCACCGCUGUAUGCGGCCUGUACGGACUCGCGGUGACGUGCAGCUCCAUGAAGAGCGAGUCAACAACUACUCACAACUCCAGCAAGAACAUCGUCAUGCUCUUCAACCCUUGGUGUGAAGAGGACACGGUGUUCCUGGAUGAUGAGGAGGAGAGGAAGGAGUACGUUCUGAACGACAUCGGGAGGAUUUACUACGGCACAGAGAAACAAAUCGGUGCACGCACAUGGAACUUUGGCCAGUUUCAUGAGGGAAUCCUGGAGGCGUGUCUGUUUAUCCUGGAGAAGAGCGACAUGCCCGCAUCUGGCCGGGCGGAUCCCGUCAACGUGGUCAGAGUCAUAUCAGCCAUGAUUAACGCUCAGGAUGACCUCGGGGUUCUGGUGGGGAACUGGUCUGGCGAUUACUCUGACGGAGUGUCUCCUUCGUCGUGGAGCAGCAGCGUGGAGAUCCUGAGGAAGUACCACUCGUCCAACGGCACGCCUGUGUCAUACGGACAGUGUUGGGUCUUCUCUGCGGUCACCACAACAGUGCUGCGGUGUCUUGGCAUCCCCGCCCGCAGCGUGACCAACUUCCAGUCCGCUCACGAUACUGAUGUAUCCCUCACUACGGAUGUCUUUUUCGAUGAGAAUAUGGAGCCGAUCGACUACCUCAAUAGGGACUCUGUCUGGAACUUCCACGUAUGGAAUGACUGCUGGAUGGCGAGACCAGACCUGCCCCCAGGUCACGGAGGCUGGCAGGCUGUCGACUCUACUCCUCAGGAAACGAGCCAGGGCACCUUCCGCUGUGGCCCCGCCUCCGUCAACGCCAUCCGCUCCGGCCAGGUCUACCUCAAACACGACACGCCAUUUGUCUUCGCCGAGGUCAACAGUGAUAAGAUCUACUGGCAGAGGAAUCUGGACGGCACCUUCAGCCAGAUCCACAGUGAGAAGAAAGCCGUCGGCCAUUUCAUCAGCACCAAAGCAGUGGGCUCUGACGAGCGGGCGGACAUCACACACCUGUACAAACACCAAGAAGAUUCGGAAGAGGAACGUAUUGCAGUGGAGACUGCCAGUCGCUAUGGCAGCAAGCCAAAUGUGUACUCCUCGCCCAUGGCAGAGGAUGUGUCCGUGGAGGUGAAGAUGGAUGGUGAGGGGCCCAGGAUGGGUGCUGACGCCCAGCUGAGCAUCCUGGUGAAGAACCUGAGCUCGCAGCCUCGUCGGACCACUCUGCACAGCCAGGUGGCCGUCAUGUACUACACCGGUGUGCUGAAGGGCACCAUCAAGAAGGAGCAGAUGCCUGUUGAGCUUUUGCCCAACGAAGAAAAGACCAUUGAGUGGAUCCUGCCUUACCAGCAGUACCAAAACCAGCUGGUGGACCAGGCCGCUCUGAUGCUGACCCUGUCUGGAAGAGUCAGUGAGACCCAGCAAGUAUUGGCCAACCAGACCACCUUCAGGCUCCGUACACCUGAUCUUACCAUCAAACCUUUGGGAGAUGCUGUGGUCGGCAAGGAGAUGGCCGCCAAGAUCACCUUCACCAACCCCCUGCCGCGUGUGCUGAAAGGGGUGAUCUUCAGAGUGGAGGGCCUGGGUCUGCAGAAGGGCCAUGAAGUGGUCGUGGGUGAUGUUGGUGGUCACUCCACGGUGACGCUGACGGAGCACUUCAUCCCCUCGCAGCCCGGACCCAGGAAGCUGGUGGCGUCCCUCGACUGCAAACAGCUCACACAAGUGCACGGAGUGGCCGAUAUCGUUGUCCUUGAGCAAUAGGAGGUUACUCGCUUCCUGUUCUGCUUCUCUCACAUCAUCCUAUAUAAAUAUAAACUCAGAAUCUCUAAUUAUAUAUUUUGAAAGAAGCUGUUCCUGUAUCUUAAAACUAUCUUUAUUAUUUUUUACUACAUAUAUUUUUACAACUAUGAGUAGGCGACUACAAACUGUAGCAUUAUCAGUAUCAUUAACUUAAGAGUGAUAUGGAUUCACGCGUCCGCCUUAAUGUCAGAACUGUGGUAAAGGAUGCAGCAGGGUUUGAAUGCAUGCACAGCGAAUGAAGUGCUUCAAUGACAUAAGCAUUUGUAGGUUGGAGCAAUAAAACGUAUUACUGUCCUUACACUAAAGCAUUUCAACACACUGAACAAAAAACAAUGUGAAGGUGCUGAAAGUCAUGUCGUGGUGUAGAUAUUGUUGCCGUAGUACUGGAGAUGGUGUGUGAAGUAUUGUCAGACAAAAUGAACCUCACAUGGCUUACAUGAAGGAGAGGCGCCGUGAGAUGUUUGUUAAAACGGAACGGCGUCGAGACUGACGAUGACAUUUUGCAAAGGGCACAUUAUAAUUUCUGACGUUUAUGUCUGUCGCCCUCGAUUGAUUGUAAUUGCAGAAAAUGAUCUUUGAAGGAUGACUGCAUUUUCUGCGCCAAUCAACAAUAUGGAUUUAAAAAAAAAUAAUCUAAAAAGGACAGUAAAGUUUGCAUAAAGGUGCGAUGUGUAAGAAUUUUAGUUGGAAACGUUCAUAAAUUAAAGGUGCCAUAAGUGACGUUUUUAUAUUAGAAUAAGAGUUAAACAGCUCUGUAUUUCAAGAGUGUGUUUGAUCAGUAAACCAUGUCAGGCAGCAACAUUGAAAAGACAUUUUCUGGCAUCCCUAAAUAUUUUGUCCAAUCAGGACAAGAGGUGGGCCGAUUGUCUGCCGAUUACCUCUGUAGUGUUCAUGCAGACUGCAAAAUGGACAGGAAGUUAGCCAAAACGACGACAAUGUUACAGCAGCUUUAAAUAAAUUAGCAUCAGAAAGCAAAAAAAAAAAAAAAAACAGAACUGAUUUUACAUCAUGAUGUGUACUUGCUGUUUUGCAGAGAUACCUACUGAAGUUAGCAUGCUAACAAGCUGGCACCCCACUCCAAAACUACUGUGCUUGCAAUGUAAACACCACCAAAAUUCCCCCAGUGCCCCAAACUCACAGUUCCCGCUAACUCGCUAACAACGCCAACAAUUGGCAGUGGUUAGCAGUUACUCUGGUGAUAUCCUGCCCCCUGAUUGUUUAUUCUGAAUCCAACAGGUUGCCACUUCUUACAUAUCGCACCUUUAAAUGAUCAGAUAAAAUGCAAAUUCACGAUGCUUUCUUUAUUUUGAAAAGCAACAAGUAAAAACUAAUGAAACUGCAAACUUAAAUGUUCCCUUCAGAAGAAUUCUACCAAAUGUCGCUGUCUACGUCUCAUGUGUUCACCUCCAUAAUGUGCUUUUAAUGACGCUGAUGUGACCUUUAUGGCAUAUUGCAAACUUACCUACAAGAUUGGACUUGUCACUGCUGUGAAUUCCAGCAAACUGCAUCAGAACAGAGACCACAGGGGCGAAAAAUUCACCCGGUUCUCAUGCAGUCAACACGAUGCACAAUGUGAAGGAAGCUAUUUUUAUUUAACAUUACACUAUUUUUCUGCCUCAAGUGUUUUUUUUGUUUUUUUGUAUCGUAUGUGUUGCGUUGGUAAUAAAACUGACAGUGACGUGA